AUAGACUGCCUAUCGUACAGACGUCUAUUCCUCUCUAAUUAUUUCAUCUUCAAAUGAAUUACUUGAAGAAAAUUUUCUUUUUUAUUGCUCUUGAUGAGGAUGACGAUGUUCUGAUGGCAGCAAUGGCAGUGUACAAUUUGACUUUUACUGAGUUGGAGGAUCUUAACCAUAUUAGAAAUUUACUUGUGGCUCAUACGAAGGAGAGAGAAGAGCACCAGAAAAAUAAAAAUUUUUUUGAGGAGACUGUGCCACUAUAUUCAUUGUCAGAUUUUAAGUCGCACUUCCGGAUGACAAGAACGACUUUUGAAAAUUUAAGUCGCAGUUUGGGAAAUGACUUGAAUACGCCUUAUUCCAUUGUGCCAGUUGAGAAGAAAUUUAUUUAUAACAUUUUUACGGGCAAUGCCCAUUCGUACAUAAGUACUAGAAUUAUAAAAUUAACAUUAAGCAGAGUGUAACUAGCGAAGACUCGACAGUUUAUUCUCCCGCAGUAUAAUCCUCAAGAAUUAGCUUUCGUAAAUU